AUCGUGGCUAUUGUGGAGAGUGUGGAGUCAGAGCGAUCCGGGCUACGAUCAGCCAGCGAGGCGGAAGCAGACGGAAGGGAGAGCGGCAUUCGCGGCAAUUCGCGGUUUCCGUGCGCGAUACAGCCAGCUAUACACAGUGCACCUCGCUGUGGAAGGGGAGGAAGGAAGGACAAGGAAGGUGUCGUCCGAGACGGACUUCUCGCGUAGAGGCAGACGGAUUCCUCAUUGACGGCAGGUUUAUCCGAGCGCGACGAUGGUGGAUUACAGCAAAUGGAAGAAUAUCGAGAUUUCAGAUGACGAAGAUGAUACACAUCCAAACAUUGAUACACCAUCCUUAUUCAGAUGGCGACAUCAAGCUCGAGUGGAAAGAAUGGAAGAGCGCAAGAAAGAGCAGGAGGAGCACAACAGGAAGAAAGCAGAAACGUUGCAAAAACUCAAGGACACAAAGGAGAAAUUAGCGAAAUUAGAAAAUGAAAACAAUGAUUCGGCUGACUUAACCGCAUUGAAAAAAGUUAUUCAGGACCUCGAGGAGGAAGAGAAAAAGAUCAAGGAUAAGGAGGAAGAAAUGGUAAAGAAGGAAAGAUUGACACCAUGGAACGUAGAUACCAUCGGGCAGGAUGGUUUUACGAAAACUGUGAUAAAUACGAAGCCUGUGAGGAGGAACGACGAUGCGGGUUUGUCCGACGAGGAAAAGGAGAAGCGAAUGAAGCAAUUCGUUAAGGAUCACGAGAAGGAACUCAAAGAGUUUGGCAUGCUAAGAAAAUACGAUGACAGCAAGAAAUUUUUGCAGGAUCAUACAUAUUUAGUUUGCGAGAAUACGGCAAACUAUUUGGUCAUCUGGUGCAUCAACUUGGAAAUAGAAGAGAAACAUAAUCUGAUGGAGCACGUUGCGCAUCAAUGCAUAUGUAUGCAAUACAUAUUGGAGCUAUCCAAGCAAUUGGACGUUGACCCGCGAGCGUGUGUCGGCUCCUUUUUCAGUCGCAUUCAAAUCGCCGAAGUAGAAUACAAGAAAUCCUUCGAUGAGGAACUUCGAGCGUUUAAGGACAGAAUACGCAAGAGAGCAGCGGAGAAGGUGGCUGAUGCGGUUAGAGAGGCCGAGGAGGAGGAAAAGGAAGCUCGUUUGGGCCCCGGUGGACUCGAUCCGGUCGAAGUGUUCGAAAGUCUUCCAGAGCCUUUGCAAAAAUGUUUCGAGAUGCAAGAUAUUCCCUUGUUGCAACAAACAAUAGCCUCGAUGCCAGAGGAAGAGGCGACAUAUCACAUGAGACGUUGCAUCGACAGUGGUCUGUGGGUCCCCGACGCGAAAAACAAGGAGAAGGAGAAAGAGAACAAGGAGACAGAGGAACAGCAAAAUGCCGCGGGAGAGACGCCAGAUCCAGAAUAACGCAUUUAAGUUGCAUCCUAUAUUAUCGAUACUCAAUGAAAAUCAGUAUCUCAUUUACACAUUUAUUCUUUACACAACGGCUACAUUAACAAUAAAGUUGUCAUCCUCCUUGAACUCUGGCAAUAUACGAUUAUUAUCUCCAUCAGCUUUUUCUUUCGUCACCGCGAUAUUCGUCGUCGCGCGUUGGCUAUCAAAUUCAGCUGAAUUAGUUCAUAAGACUGAGUUGUCGUUUCGUAAAUAGAAAACUUUGCAUACGCAUGUAAUAUGUAACGAUUACCAAGUAGCGGUUACAAGACUAGUGUGUCGAAGUGCUAUAUAACCUCACUUUUGUGUAUGAUUUGUGUUACUACUGAAAUUGCCUUUCUAUGUAAUGUGUAUAUGUACAUAUAUAUAUUGUUAAUCCGAUUGCAGUCCACAAUUAUUUCACGAUAUUUUACGUACCCUCCCGUAACACUAGUAUUGUAUACCAAUCGGGAACAAUAUUGUCAUGUAAAUAAAACCAAUAAUAUAUCUAAUUGUAAAUUGUUUAUACCGUUGAUGAUUGUAGAAUCACAAGAUAUAUAAUUUAUGUUUUGAAAACUUUUAACUCUCGACUUAAUAAUUUAUCUCUAUUUCUGUAUAUGUGAUUAGGUCAGGCGAGUCAAUUUGUUCGUUUUUUCUCAAUGUUUUAAAGCACUAUUUUUAUUGUUUUUUCCUUUUCUAUGAUAAAGAACAAAUUAUAAUAGUCCGUUUAAAUCGACUGAUUUGGCUAACGAUAAACGUUACAUGAUUUACAUAAAGCAUCCUUUUCCGAAUUUGUUACGUCGUUAAAAUUAUUGCGAACGUUAUUAUUGCUACACGUAUUACAAUCUGCUAUUAUAUAUGAACCAAUGUUUUGUAUUAAUAAUGUUGCUAAUCAAUUAUAUAUUUCUUUCAGGUCGAGUGACAGUACCUGUAUACGAAAGCAAUUCAUCCUUCGCGCAGAACACGUUUUAAAAAAGACCGCCAUGAAACUCGUCCGGACGGGUGGCGCUGACUGAAAUCUCGAUCGAGUUGAGUCAGCAUACAUAUACCGGAAGCACGGGCCUCUCUCUUCCCUUUCCGGCGCGACGUUGUCACGGACGUGUAGGGGGCAAUAUGAAUGAUAAUGGUGGUAAAAAGAUUUUAAGAAACAAGCUGAAGAAGUGGAAACAUGAGAAUAUGAACAUGGUAUAAUGAUAGAAGCAAAAGAAUGAGAGAUACGAUCAUAGUGAUGCUCUCAGUGUGAAGAAUGUCUGGAUGAUGAAAAUAGUAUGUGGAUUAUGUGAUAAUGAGGAAAUUACAGAUGAAGAAAUAUUGAAUAUAGCUAUAAAACAUUUGAGUCUUUUCUGUUUGAUGUUAAGGUUUGAUAGUAAGGAAAAUGAUCCUUAGGCAAAUGUGAUAUAUUGAAGUUCACGAUACCUAUAAAUUUAAGUGUAAUUUUUAAUUUGAAUUUUCUCAUUUAACUGCUUCACAUGCAAGAGAUGUUUUAUGAGAUAUUUAAUCAUGUAUCACUAUUUGGUAUACUAUCUUGAAAUGAAAAUGUAGCAUGUAUCACUAAUGUUUGUUACAGAAAGAGCAAGGAACAUUGGAUUAAAUAGAUUAAUGUUUAUUCUUCUAAGAAGACAAAAUGGCGAACGACGGUCACAAAAUGGAGGACAAACUCUUGCUGAUGACGAUGUUUCUGUAUGCGGGCUGAUUGAAGGAAAGGGAAGAAAUGCGCAAAAUGUUUCACCGCUCCCUCCGAAUGCGAAUUACCUUGCCGCUCGUUACCAUAAUUGUACCAUUCGUUUAAAAUAAAAAGAAAAAAAAUCUCUUAAUGAGAAUAA